CCUCAAGUACCUUAUCCGUGGGGAAUGGGCAGAAAAAGCUAAGAGCUCAUAAGAUUGCAAUAUGUUAGGCGGUGUUUCAGUGACCCACCCAGCAAGCACCGUUUUAUUCUCUUGGACAUCAAACCAAAAAUGUGGAAAUGGGUUAUGUAAUAAGGUAAGUAAACCAAGGGCAAUAUCAAUGUCUCUCGGAAACGGAAAUAAUAAGAAGGGUGUUGGAGCAGCUGAAAGGCUCUAUCUCGGGUUGGACUUUGGCACAUCUGGUGCCAGGUUUGCCAUUAUUGACAAGGUUGGGACUAUCCAAGCUGAGGCCAAGAGAGAGUAUCCUCUGUACUCGAGUGGAGAGUCACGUGACUGGGUGCGCUCAUGGAAGGAGACACUUUUUUCGCUGCUUGAAGAUGUUCCUCGUGACCUUCGCAAACACAUUGUGUCCAUUUCUAUUGAUGGGACUUCUGCAACUACAAUCAUUGUUGAUAGUGACACAGGAGAACCGUUGUGGAGACCUUUUCUUUACAAUGAGAGUUGUCCUGAUGCACUACCAAUGGUAAAAUCUAUUGCUCCUCCAAACCAUACUGUUUGCUCAGGUUCUUCAACUCUCUGUAAGCUCGUCUCAUGGUGGAAUUAUGUUGGUUCAAACAAAAAAUCUGCUCUGUUGUUGCACCAAGCCGAUUGGCUUUUGUGGCUUCUUCAUGGAAAGCUUGGAAUUUCAGAUUAUAAUAAUGCUCUGAAGGUUGGCUAUGAUCCUGAACUGGAAUCAUAUCCAUCAUGGCUAGUCUGUCAACCAUAUUCUCAUCUUUUACCUUCAGUUGUUGCUCCGGGAACUCCAAUUGCUUGUUUAAAGGAGGAAAUUAGAAAUAAAUUUGGUUUUCAAAAGGAUUGUGUUGUAUGCACUGGAACCACUGACAGUAUAGCUGCAUUUCUUGCGGCUCGUGCUACUCAACCUGGGAAAGCUGUCACUUCAUUGGGUUCAACGCUUGCUAUUAAACUAUUAAGCAACACAAGAAUUGACGAUUCUCAGUUUGGGGUGUAUAGUCAUCGCCUUGAUGAUAAGUGGCUUGUUGGUGGUGCUUCAAACAGUGGUGGAGCUGUUCUUAGACAGCUGUUCUCAGAUGAUCAAUUAGAGAAACUGAGUGAACAAAUCAAUCCCUCACAAACUUCUCUUCUGGACUACUAUCCUCUGCCAAGAGCUGGUGAAAGAUUCCCAGUAGCGGAUCCAAAUUUGGCUCCAAGGCUACUUCCACGUCCAGAAAAUGAUGUUGAGUUCUUGCAUGGGAUUUUAGAAUCCAUUGCGCGUAUAGAGGCAAAGGCAUAUGGGUUGCUAAAGGAGCUAGGAGCUACCCAGGUAGACGAAGUUUUCACAGCAGGUGGAGGAGCCAAAAAUGAUAAGUGGACAAAGAUACGAGAGAGGGUCCUUGGUUUGCCUGUUAGUCGUGCAAAUCAAACAGAGGCUGCCUACGGAGCUGCAUUGUUGGCAGUAAAGGGUGAUCAACAAAAUCACCACCAUCUGUUUGGUUAAGGUGACAGACACUAUCUCAUCUUUGCGAUGGUGAGUUUGAAGAGUAAUUUGUCAUUCAUAAAGAGGGUGGAAGAAUGUUUCAAAUGGUGUUACAUUCCCGAAUUUCGAAUCCAAAUCAUAUGAACAUGCCACUUAACAUGCCUUUGAAGUGUUGGUCUAUAUUUGAAAGACAAAAUGAACCUAACGCAAACCAGUUUUUGUUUCGUUUGCGAUGGACCAGCCGGAUUAUGUUAGAUUGAUUUGUUGCAUAAAGCCGUAAACACUUGGAUUAUGAUUGGAUAGAUGGAGGUGGAGUGCAGUGAUUAGUAAUGUAGUGGAAUGGUUAAAAGAGCGAAGUCCCUUGCUUGGCAGUGUUUAAGGAUAGCUCAUCUGAUCUAAUAUUUAAUAGGGAGAUAGAUUAUUUGACUCUAAUGUUUAAAUCUUAUUUCUCAUAUUGAUUUUCGU